AUGAGUGAUUCUGGCACGACUGAAGGCUUCACCAUAAGACAAAUAUCGACUCUUUCCAAUGAAUACAAACAGAGGCGAAAGCAGCAGAUGCUAAGGUUCUUCGGUGCUACCGCGUUAACCCUGCUGUCUUGCCGGUUGGCCUACAGGGGAAUCAAAUCACGGAAGUAUGUGCCGCACAUGUUCCAAUUGAAUUACAAGUCGCCGCCAUUCUCCUACCAGGCGGAAGCGGCCAGCGCCCUAGUGCUUGGCACGGGUUUGGCAGUCGGCGGGUUCUCGAUGCUUUUAUUUGGGUCCUGUUGGAUCUGGGACAUUUCUACAAUACCGGAAUUCAGUCUUAAAGCUAAACGCUUGAUGGGACAAGAUUUAACGUCGGAGGAAGCUCUAAUUAACAUGCCUCUCGAUGACGACACCGCCAAGGUAGUUGAUCAGAUAGAAAGUCUGCUCAAGGAAAACAGCAGUAAUAAGUCGUGA